GAUGUCGCGUUGCCCUUGACUCCCUCCUAUUUUAUAAUUGCUGUUUUUAAAAAAAUAUUUCAUAUUGUAAAUGAAAAUUGUUUUCAGUGGAUUUAUUUAUCAGUGAUAUGUGUAAUAAACAGUGAAAAUUGCUUAAGGUGGUCUUGAUUUGUGUUAAAUUGAUAAAGCGUCACCUGACCGAACUCAUUGUCAUUUCCCGCCAUUGUGAUUCUUGUGGACUUGUAUUGGUAAAAUUUAUUCAAGUUACUGAUUGUUUUUGAUGAAGAAUUAUUAGAAACUAAUAUUACAUGAACCUGAGUUAUGUCAUUGCACGGUAAUGAUGUUUGCUUGCUAGAAGUGGAAGAUUUCAAUUUAUACGAAGAGGAGGCAUCAGAUCACGCUUUUACCAGGAGUGAAAAGCAUAAUUCUUCAGGAAACAAAACUAUGGAGGCAGAGAAAAGGAUUCGUCGCGAGAUCGCCAAUAGCAAUGAACGAAGACGCAUGCAAAGCAUCAAUGCAGGCUUUCAAGCACUACGAACUUUACUUCCACGACAUGAAGGCGAAAAAUUGAGCAAGGCUGCCAUAUUGCAGCAGACGGCUGAAUAUAUUUAUUCCUUAGAACAGGAGAAAACAAGACUACUAUCUCAAAAUUGUCAGUUGAAAAGAUUACUCAAUCAACAUGAAGGUGGUGAAAUUCCAUUAAAGAAAAGGAAAAGUGAAGCACUAACUCAUGUGCCCACAAUAAUACCGGAUUCUACUGAAGAUACUGUUACCAACUCAAGGUCUCCUGAGCCUGUGGCUGUCAUAACAGUCUCAAGUGUACCACAAAAGAAGGAAACUGAAGGUAGUGAUUUACGCAUCCAGUUAGAGAGGGAACGGCUUCUACGGCGACUUUUAGAAGAACGCUUACAUAAAUUGGAAACACAGAUGUAUCCUGAGGGUAGAGAGCAGCAUCCGCAUCCUGUGAUUCAUUAUGAGCAAACCAAUGUUGCAGAGUGUAAAAUAGAAAAAGAUGAAACAGAAGUGAUAGCAGUCUCAGCCAUAGCGGCUGUCGAGACCCCAACAAAUGCGCCAAUUUUAGAAGCUGCCAUCAAAGCAGAGCCGCGCGUGGAAGUGGAAAUGAUUGCUGACGCCAAUCAUGAACCGCCUUCACGUCUUUACAAUCCGAAUACAAGUCGGCAAAAUUUGGAAACUAUUGUAGAAGCGAUACGUCACCUGGAAGGUGAUCACCUGUUCCGUGAUAGAGAAGAGGCGGGAGAGGCGCCGCUGGCUUUAACUAAAAAGGACCGCGCGCCAGUGCGGCCCGGCGUUAUUGUAGUGAAGCAUUCGUGAUUGCACUGAGCAUAUUUUGGACACUCUGCUUGCGUAAGUCCUGGUGGAGUGAGCUCUCCUGACCCUCCUCGAAUAUAGUUUUAACUUUAAUUGUUUAGUUGUCUUUUCCAAAGUGACGAAUCGAUAAGUCUGCGUUUUUGUUUAUUUUUUACGCUGCGUCGGAAAUCGAGG